AGGGCCCCAGAGCCCCUUGGGAGAAAGGCUGAGGCGCUGGGGGAGCCUGCAGGGUGUCCCGCACCCAGAGAAGGAGUGUGGGGCUGUGUGCCUGCAGGUGAGGGCACAGGGGGAGCGUGGAGCAGGGCAGGAAAGGGAUGCAGUCACACCCUUUUGCACGUAUCCGUCCAGGUCUGACAGCAGCAUGUUGGAGAGGGUCUCUUCACCUCAGACCGAUUGCCCACAGAAGGGAGGACUCGCUGCUGGCUCUCUGGUCGUCACUGCCACCCAGCCCCUGCUGGUGUCUCUCUGUCUGCCCAGCAGGGAACGAUGGUGAGGCACCUGGUCCCCCGUCUGCCUGCCCUCCCUGUCUGCCUCGCCGUGGUCCAGCUGCUCAGCCCCUGCUCAGCUCAGUUUGCUGUGGUUGGACCCCCUGCGCCCAUCCAGGCCAUGGUGGGUGAAGACGCUGAGCUGCCCUGUCACCUGUUCCCGAACAUGAGCGCUGAGACCAUGGAGCUGAUGUGGGUGCGAUCCAGCCCCAGGCAGGUAGUGCACACGUACGCACACGGGCAGGAGGACACGCCGGCAGCAGAGUUUCAAGGGAGAACUUCGAUUUUAAAAGAGGACAUCACUGCGGGGAAGGCUGCUCUCCGGAUUCGGGACAUCAGAGCCUCUGACAGUGGAAACUACCUGUGUUAUUUCCGAGAUGGAGACUUCUCUGAAAAUGCCCUGGUGCAGCUGAAGGUUGCAGCGCUGGGCUCUGACCCCCACUUUGAAAUGAAGGGCUACGAGGCUGGAGGGAUCCGUGUGGAGUGCACGUCUGCCGGCUGGUACCCGCAGCCCCAGAUCCAGUGGAGAGACACCAGGGGACACAGCUUGUCUGCUGAGGUGGCCACAGAGGCUGCAGACCCCCAGGGCCUUUAUGCAGCCUCAGCCUCUGUGAUCCUGGGAGGCAGCUCUGGGGAGGGCGUCUCCUGUGUCAUCAGAAACCCCCUGCUGGGCCAGGAGAGGUCAUCAGCCACGGUAUCCAUUGCAGGCCCCUUCUUCCGGAACGCGCAGCCCUGGAUGGUGGCCCUGGGCCUGACCCUGCCGGCUCUGCUGGGGCUCCUGGCGGGGGCCGGCUACUUCCUGAGGCGACAGCAGAAGAAGAUCCAGGCCCUGUCCCAGGAGAAGGAGAGGGAGCGAGCUGAGAAAGCAGCAGCGCAGGCGGAGAAAGAAGCGAUGAGGGCAGAGCUGCAGAGGGAGCAAAGCCACAAAGAGCGCCUGCAGUACGAACUCCGGUGGACAAAGACCUGGUACCGACCACGUGAGGAGCGGUCUCAGGUCUAUGCAGAGUUGAAGAUGGCCCUCUUCCAGCCUGCGGAUGUGUUUCUGGACCCAGACACGGCGUAUCCUGACCUCCAGGUUUCUGAGGACAAGAGGAGCCUGAAGCCAUCAUUCACACAGCAGAACCUGUCAGAAAACCCCGAGAGAUUUUGUGGGAAUCAUUGUGUGCUGGGCUGUGUGAGAUUUACAUCUGGGAGACACUUCUGGGAGGUGGACGUGGGGGGCAGAAAAGACUGGCGUGUUGGGGUGUGCAGGGAGAGUGUGAUGAGAAAAAAGGUUGUUAAAAUGGCCCCCAAGAAUGGAUUCUGGACAGUGGGGCUGAAUCCUGGGAAUGAGCACGUGGCUCUCACCGACCCACAGACCCCACUGACCUGUGUGAGCCCCCCUGAGAGGGUGGGGGUCUUCCUGGACUGUGAGCUGGGGGAGGUCUCGUUCUACAAUGCCCUCGACGGGUCUCACAUCUUCUCCUUCCCACACACCCACUUCUCUGGGCCUCUGAGGCCUGUUUUCUGGGUUUGGACAACUGAUCCCACUCCCUUGACCAUUUGCCCAGCACAGGAAGCAGUGGGGAGGUCCUUCGUGUCUGUCCCAAAGCCUGACCCCUCCCUGGAGACCCCAGUGUCCCCGGGCUCAGCUGCUGGGAAUGGGGACCCUCAGGCUGAAGAAACGUCUCUGCUUAUUGCUGCCCAGCCUGGAGCUGAGGGCCUCCUGAACAGCAAACCUCUCAGCAAAAAAACACUAAAAUCACACUGAGUGACGGACUUCACUAACAUUCACUCAAUGUUUCCACACGAGAGACGAGGAGACCACAGUGCAGACAGUGAGUUAACUUUCCAAAGGUGACUCAGGGGCCUCGAACAACCAGAGCUGACAUUUAUAGGUGACUUCACAUGUACUAGUGCUGUGCUACCUGCUUCAGGUGAAUCUCACUCACUCAUCCUCACAACCACCCUGUGAGGCAGCCUCAUUUAGAAAGUGUGGAAACUGAGGCAGCAGCAGUUCCCUGAGGUACAUAAUUCACUCAGAUUUUAGUGCUGAAUGAUGUCCAUCCCCUGCCCCUCCCCCUCCCUCUGGUCUGUCCCUUUGCAGCUGAUUGUCCUGUUGGGCAGGGUCAUGGGCAGCCCUGAGGGUCCCUCCCAGGACACCAAGGGUAAAGGUCACUGCAGGUAAAGGCCACAUCCCACUUCGAUCCUCCAAGGUCAACUGUCAGAGCCAAGGUCCACCCUUCACUGACGGGCUCUGCAGGACACCGUGGUCCAGAGGGUGAACUCACAGUGAUCCCAUCACACAGGCUGAGAAGGGACCAGCGGCCACUUUCUGAACCAGCCUGUGACCUGUGGGC